AUGGCGGAAAGCGAACUGGCACCACCUGCAGCAAAAAAGGCUAGGUCGGGGCGUCAUGCGUCUGCUUUCCAAAAGGAAGAAUUAGUAGCCUUCUUGGAGAGGCAUCCCGACCUAGCCAGGCCGAGCAGCGAAUUGUCCGGGUGUUUCACGGGCCAUGAACGCGAAAAAUUGUGGGCCCAGCUGGCGGAGCUUCUGAACGAACGUGGCCCCGCAAAGAAGAGUACGACAAAGUGGCGGCGUUAUUGGUCCGAGCUUGUCGCACAAAUCAAGCGGGAUGCAGCCGUUGUGUCGGAAGCUGCCACUUUUGCCCCCCAUUUCAGUGGCACAGGUGGUGGCAAGCUACCAGGGCUCGGAGGGAGGAUUCUUUCAUUGAUUGGCCGUGAAUGUGCCGUGGGCUUGGGGCCUUCACUGGUGCUAAAAGACCCCACACCGGUGAGUGCGGUACUGCUGCCCCCCACAAACACAAUGCCAAAAGGCUUGCAGGCACUGCCUAAGGCUGGCACUCUGCAGGUCAUUGCGGAAGACCAGAAGAGGCUGGCCGAGGCAGUGGAGGGUCUGCGGGCUGACACAGCACAGCAAAACAUUCUGCUGCUGGAGGCACUGAACCGCCUGGUGGCAGUAGGCGAGUGCCAGGCACGUGCUCUAGAGAGUGUGGCAGAGGUACAGAGGGCUGCUCUGCAACAGCAGUAUCAGUGCCCUCGCUGCUCUCCAGUCGAGCCCCCAGAAGACACCUUAUAA